AUGUCUGUCGCCGCUUCCAGAUGCGCCGCUAGAUUAAUACAGCGCUCCAUGCGCCCUUCGCUCUCCGUCUCGUCGCCGCUUAGAUCCGCCAUCCCGCAAUCAACAUACCACUCUACUCGCCUCUCAAUCGCUUCCAAUACACAGUUCCCUUCAGCGCGGCCCUUCUCUUCCUCAUCAUCUCUGCUGCAUGGUCACCUUGACCCCCCUAAGCCUGGAGAGGAGCGCAAGGUUACCUUCAUCGACAAGGAGGGUGAUGAGCACACCUUUGUAGUAGCCGACGGCGACAACCUGCUCGAUAUUGCCAAUGACCUUGAAAUGGAAGGCGCAUGUGGCGGCUCAUGUGCAUGCUCGACCUGCCACGUUAUCGUCUCGGACCCGGACAUGUUUGACAAGAUGGAAGAGCCUGAUGAUGAUGAGAACGACAUGCUCGACCUAGCCUUCGGUCUGACAGAGACAAGUCGUCUGGGCUGUCAGGUCAAGAUGUCCAAGGAACUCGACGGCUUGGUUGUCAAGCUCCCUACCAUGACCAGGAACCUGCAGGCCAGCGACUUCGCCAAGCGAUAA